UUAGUGUUAUCAGUUGCAGAGUGCCAACUGUCAAUAGUGGGUGUAAUUGUUAGUCUCAUAAAACGUUUUGUCCAGAAACAGAAAUUUAUUCCAGUGAUAAGAAGACAUCGUCAUGGAAGGGGGACUUCACGAUCGAGAUAGGGUUGGGGUGCAGGACGCUGUCCUCUUGGAAGACUAUCUUAGUGAAGAAGCGUUUGUUAAUAAUUUAGAAAGACGUUUCAAAGAACAUUUAAUUUAUACUUAUAUAGGGCCUGUACUAGUAUCAGUUAAUCCUUACAAGGAUCUGAAUAUUUAUACUUCGGAAUACAUUAAAGAAUACGAAAAUAGGAACUUCUUCGAGACAUCGCCUCACAUAUUUGCCAUUACUGAUAACGCUUACAGGUCCUUAAAGCAAGAAUUCAGGGAACAAUGUAUUCUGAUUUCAGGAGAAUCUGGUGCUGGUAAAACUGAGGCGUCCAAGAAGAUUCUUCAGUAUAUAGCAGCAGUUACAGAACACAGAGGAGUUGUUGAAAAAGUUAAGGAAAAAUUGCUGCAGUCCAAUCCUGUAUUAGAAGCUUUUGGUAAUGCGAAAACUAACAGAAAUGACAACUCUAGUCGGUUCGGAAAGUACAUGGACAUACAGUUUGAUUUUCAGGGGCUUCCAGUGGGUGGCAAUGUUAUUAAUUAUUUAUUGGAAAAAGCUAGAAUUGUUAAUCAGCACAAGGGUGAAAGAAACUUCCACAUUUUUUAUCAGCUUUUGACUGGUGCCACUGAGGACGAACUUAGUCAACUCUAUCUGAAAAGAAACCUUCGAAGUUACUAUUACCUCAGUCAUGGGGGUGAUUCCAACGUAGACAACAUAGACGACGCACAAUCUUACAAAGAAGUUCGCCAAGCCUUAACGACUUUAGAAUUUCCUGAUGAAGAACAAAACGAUAUGAUGGUGAUUAUAGCCAGUGUCCUUCACUUGGGAAAUGUAGGAUUUUCUGAGGAAGAUGGCAAAGGGAAAGUGACGAAACUUGACGCAAUUCAAAACAUUUCAAAACUUCUGGGAAUCACCGAAAGUGAGUUGACUCACGCCCUCACCCAUCACACGAUCGAUGCUAGGGGGGACGUAAUCACCAGUCCCUUAAAUAGGGAACAAGCCAUUUAUGCAAGGGAUGCGCUGGCCAAAGCCAUCUACGACCGAUUGUUUUCCUGGUUGGUCACAAGAUUGAACGAUUCACUCCAACCGGAAAAUCCAAAGAGGAACGUGGUUAUGGGAAUCCUGGACAUUUACGGGUUCGAAAUUUUUGGAAAGAACAGUUUCGAACAACUCUGCAUCAACUUUUGUAACGAAAAGUUGCAGCAACUUUUCAUUGAGUUGACGUUAAAGUCCGAACAGGAGGAGUACCUCAAAGAGGGCAUCGAAUGGCAACACGUUGAGUAUUUUGAUAACAAAGUAAUUUGUGACCUUAUCGAAGAAAAACACAAAGGUAUCAUCUCAUUGAUGGACGAAGAAUGCCUGAGACCUGGUAAUCCAAACGACAAAACUCUUUUGAUGAAGAUGAAUGAUUCGUUUGGAUGCCAUAAACAUUACAUAAGUCAUGAAAAAGCUGAUAUAAAACUACAAAAAAUUAUGGGCAGAGAUGAAUUUAGAUUAAUCCAUUACGCUGGAGACGUAACGUACAAUAUCAACGGAUUUCUGGAAAAGAACAAUGAUUUGUUAUUUAGGGACUUAAAGGAAGCAAUGUCACAUUCCACAAAUAAAAUAAUGAACAGUAUCUUCCCGCCAGGAGAAUACAAAAACAAGAAAAGACCGGAGACUGUUAUAACCCAGUUCAAGACUUCUGUUAACGAGUUAAUGGACAUUCUUAUGGACAAGGAACCUUCAUACGUCAGAUGUAUUAAGCCAAAUGACCUUAAGCAACCCAGUAUUUUUGAUGUGGAUUUGGUGAAACAUCAGACCAAAUACUUGGGUCUGAUGGAGAACCUAAGAGUUAGAAGAGCCGGUUUUGCUUAUAGAAGAAUUUACGAGAAAUUCUUGCAUCGUUAUAAGUGUCUCUGCAAGGAAACGUGGCCGAACUACAGGGGUGAAGCUAAAGAUGGAGUCCAGGUAUUGGUCAACGCCCUGGGAUACGACAAGGAAGAUUACAGGAUGGGAAAAACAAAAAUAUUCAUUCGAUUCCCGAAGACCCUGUUCGAAACAGAAGACGCGUUCCAAUUGAAGAAGCACGACAUUGCAGCAAUUAUACAAUCCAAAUGGAAGGGCAUCAUGCAGAGAAGAAGAUUUUUGAAGAUGAGGGAGAAUGCCAUUACAAUUCAGAAGUAUUGCAGGAGACAUUUGGCCCAAAAAGAAGCGAAACGUCGAAGGGAGGCGGCAUUUGUUAUCACAAGGUUUAUAAAGGGUUACCUAAAAAGAAAUGGUCCUGUUACCGACGAGAACAGGGAAUUCCUUCAGAUGGCAAAGUCCCAAUGGCUCCUCCGCUUGUCCCGUUCUCUACCCCAAUCAGUUUUGGAUAAAUCAUGGCCCCCAUGCCCCUACAUUUGUCAAACUGCUUCAGAACAGCUUCGCAAAAUGUACAUGUCCCAUAUGUCUAGAAUUUACCGUCUUCGAUUGUCCCCCCAACGCAAACAACAAUACGAACUCAAAGUCCUGGCAGAGGGGAUUUUCAAAGACAAGAAGAAGAGUUAUCCUGCCAGCGUGACUCAAUGGUUCAUCGACGAAAGGAUCGAAAAUGAAGAAAUGAAAGGACUCAAAAACGGUUAUGUAUCUUCCCAGUUGCCUUCUGGGGAAAAGGAAUUGUACUCAACAUCGGUACUCAAGUUUGAUAGACAUGGUUAUAAGCCAAGAGAAAGGGUCCUUUUGGCCACCAAUAAGGCUCUUUAUCUCCUUGAAGUCAACAAACACAUCAAGUUAAAGCAUCGUUUACCAUAUGAAAUGAUUUCUUUGGUGGUAACUUCAGGAAAUGAUAGGUUACUCCUUAUUAGGGUGGCAGAUGAUCUCGUCAAAAAAGACAAAGGGGAUUUAAUAUUGGAAGUUCCUCAACUAAUCGAAGCUGUGACCAAGAUAAUUGACAUUAUUAAGAAAAAAGACGUACUUACUAUAAUAGAAACUAAUACGAUUGAGCAUCAUAUGAAGGGUAAAAAUGGAAUUAUUGAGGUAACAACAGGAGAGACAGAAAAAAUUUAUAAAAAUAAAAGUGGUCAUUUGCUUAUAGUGGCUUCGCCGUAAUAAUAUUUUGGUUUUUAAUAAAAGGUCGACAGUAUCACACGUGCAUUACUUAUAGAGAAUGUUUUAAAUUGCUUUUUUUUAACUGAAGUUACUUGUAUGUGCCUUGGAUAAAGUGCCAUUUAUAGCCUUUAUGAAUAAAUUUUAUUAUUGUUUUA